AAUGCGGACACAGUACAGGAGAUGACCAGAGACUGCGGACAUAGUACAUGAGAUGACCAGAGACUGCAGACACAGUACAGAAGAUGACCAGAGACUGCGGACAUAGUACAGGAGAUGACCAGAGACUGAAGACAUAGUACAGGAGAUGACCAGAGACUGCAGACAUAGUACAGGAGAUGACCAGAGACUGCGGACAUAAACGGCGGCGGGAAUACUGGGCCGGCCGCUUCAUAAGAUGCACAGACAUUUCCCCCCAAGUGUAGGAGGGGGGAGAGAGAGAGGAGGGGGAGGGAGAGAGAAGAGGGGGAGGGAGAGAGGGGAGGGGUAUAGGGGGAGGGGAGAGAGGGGGGUAGGAAGAGAGGGGGGGGGAAGGGGGGGAGAGAGAGGAGAGGAGAGGAGGGGGAGAGUGAGAGGAGGGGAGAGUGAG